CAAGUUAUUAAAUGCGUAAGAAUGACAUCAUCAUCGUUUGGAACAGAUUUUUGUUUGUUUAGUUGUUGAUCAUCUGAUUUGUUUAAUAAUUGCAAUUUAAAUACGGACAAUGUCCACUAAUGUUAAUCUUAGUUCUGAUCUGAAUAAUUAUCUUAAAUCAUCUGGGUCUUCGAUUACUAAUAAUCAAUCUCAAGCCACUAGUAAAUCGAUUAAAGAAUGGUUCGACGGUACCGGUUCUGAUAUGAAAAAAGGGUGGUUUUCCUAUCAACCAUUACGUACAUCACCAAGUGACGAAGAAUUAAAUAAUGUCGGAAUUUCAUCACCUGUACAAAAUGGCACCAGUAGAACAAAUUCUUGGUUUCGUAUUCCAUUCGUUUCGAGCGAACCGGAACCCAAAGGAUGGUUUCCAACUUUGACUAGAACUCAACGAAUAAUUGGUUUCAUAACGUGUUUUUUUAUGGGCAUAACAUGUUUCUCAAUAUCGGCGAUGUACAUUCCAAUUUUGUUGUUUGCAGCAAGAAAAUUCUCGAUACUAUUCACAUUUGGUUCGAUAUUUAUUGUGGCAAGUUUUGCCAUUUUAUUAGGUCCUAUGAAUCAUCUCAAACAUCAAUUUUCUAAAGAAAGACUACCAUUUACAGCCGGCUAUUUUGGUUCUUUGAUCGCCACACUAUAUUUUGCUUUACAAGUUCAAAGUACCAUAUUGACAUCUAUAUUUGCAAUAAUACAAGUGAUAGCAUUGAUCUGGUACGUUGUGACAUACAUUCCUGGUGGUCAAACUGGCUUGAUGUUUUUCUCAAAAAUGGCCGCCAGUACUGUAUCAAAAACUUUACCUGUUUGAUUCUUUGAGUGAUAUAAUUGUACAAUUUUGUAUAUAAAUUGUCAUGCCUUCAUUUAUUAUAAUUAAAUGCUGUUCCAAUAAAAAGUUCUUUCUAAAUAA